UUUUAAUCAUGAUAUGGCAGCUCUGAUUGGUCGGAUUAGAAGAAGUGGAUUCAUUUAAAAGUGGGGGGGAUGAAGGUGGACAAGAACACACUAGCAGACAGGUGAAGAAGACGGCAGGACACCAACCACCAACCAGCAGCCAUGUUUGUAGGCCGGACAUCAGUGGCAGGACCUGCAGUGGGCUCGUGCACUGGCGGCAAAGGUGCCCGGUUCUCAGUGGAAGAGCUGUACGGCUUCACCAAGAAGCCCAAAGUGACCAGAGGGCAUUGUGGGAAAGCAGACAAAGCCGACAGCAAGAAGGAGACCAAAGAGAAGGGAGAAUCUGUGCUGGCGUCUCACAUCUUGGAGGCGGCCAGGAGGGUGAUGGAGCAACGGAGGCUGGAGAUCUACCUGAAGGAGUGUGAUGUCACCAUGGAGGAGAGCGGCAUGGCAUACAGGAACCUUGGAAAAUCUGGACUCAGAGUGUCCUGCUUAGGAUUAGGAACGUGGGUGACGUUUGGUUCUCAGAUCUCAGAUGAGAUGGCGGAAAGUGUGAUGACGUUGGCAUACGACAACGGCAUCAACUUAUUCGACACGGCUGAAGUAUACGCCUCUGGCAGAGCCGAGACAACUUUGGGAAACAUCCUGAAGAAAAAAGGAUGGAGGAGGUCCAGCUAUGUGGUGACCACAAAGAUCUACUGGGGAGGACACGCCGAGACGGAGCGAGGGUUGUCACGGAAACACAUCAUUGAAGGCUCCAACUGGAAUAUGUUGACAUCGUCUUUGCCAACAGGAGCGACAUCAACGCACCCAUGGAGGGUCAGAGCACACGUAGCUUCAAAAGAUACCGUGCUGAUAUUACAAUGCAAAUAUACACACAUGUGUGUGUAUGUGUGUGUGUGUGUGUGUGUGUGUACAGAGAUUGUGCGAGCGAUGACCUUUGUGAUCGAUCAGGGCAUGGCUAUGUACUGGGGGACCUCACGCUGGAAUGCUGUGGAAAUCAUGGAAGCAUACUCCAUUGCUCGCCAGUUUAAUCUGGUUCCUCCGGUGUGUGAGCAGGCCGAGUAUCACUACUUCCAACGAGAAAAAGUAGAACUACACUUGCCUGAACUUUACCACAAGAUUGGUGUCGGAGCAAUGACUUGGUCACCGUUAGCCUGCGGAAUACUAACAGGGAAAUACAACAAUGGCGUCCCCGAGCGCUCCAGAGCUGCCAUGAAGGCUUACACGUGGCUGAAGGAGCGUCUCUACAGCGACGAAGGCAAACAGCAGCUGAGAAAAGUCAAGGAGCUACAUCUGCUGGCGGACAGACUCAACUGCACCCCCGCUCAGCUGGCCAUUGCCUGGUGUCUGCGCAGCCAAGGCAUCAGUUCAGUGCUGCUCGGCGUCUCCAAUACGGAGCAGCUGCUGGAGAACAUCAACUCCAUCAAGGUUCUGUUGCAGCUGACUCCGCCCCUCGUCACGGAGAUAGACACUUUGCUCGGCAACAAGCCACAAAAACUCAAGAAGGAGGUGAGCUGUUGAGGGAGAUUCGGUGAUGAAGACAACGGUGGCCAGGAAGUUGAUGACAACCAAGG